UCCUUUAAACUCCUCAAAUCCUGUGCAGAGCUACCAGAGAACUGCUCUCUAAAGAGAGCACUGACUAGCUUCCUGUACCAAGAGGCUAAAAACUUAACCAGCAACAAGCUCUCAGGCCCAACGGUCAUCCAUCAGGCAGAACUGUGGCUUUAUGUCCACCUAGUGUGGACCCACCCGCAAAGAAGAAGUGAACCGUGAAGCGAAAAUUCUUACUUAACCGUUACUUCUGUGUGUCGGCCAAAAGUUGAUCAGCCGUUAAAAUUUAUUAGUAUUUAACAUGGAUAGAUCUUACUUUAAAAAACUAAGCCGAUUCGCAAUUUAUGGCACCUUUAUUGGUUUAAUCUCAGUUACUUUAUAUCCAAUCGUUAUCUAUCCAAUGUUAAACCCAGAUUAUUACAAGAAAAUUCAGGCUGAAAAUAGGAAGAAUAUCAAGCAAGAAGAUAUCCAGCCUGGCAACAUGAAGAUUUGGUCGGAUCCUUUUGACCGAAAGAAGUAAUGGAGUCUGCUCUGUUGGCCAUAAUGGACAUUGAUUGGUCAAUAUUCUAAGAAUUUUGUACAUACAUCUAAACAUGUUUUUUCUUCUGAUAGCAUGUAAAUAUAUAGAUAUUACCUUUUCAUUAUCUAGAUACACUCACUUGUAAAUUUUUUACAUUGAUGGAUUGAUGGACUUAGAUAUAUCAUUGAUGAAAUAUAUUUUAGGAAUUAUGAUUUAAUCAAAUGUGGACUAACUUCUUUGAACUGUAGGUCAAUAAAUUAAAGCUGGACUUGUAUCACAAUGAGCAAUUGAUGUCGAGUACUUUAAAAUUUGUAUUCUGAUUAUGUCCCCACCAAACCAUACAGGUAGUUCAGAAUAAUUACCACAUUGAACUGUAAAAUCAAGUGCAGUGUACUUCAAAAUUUGUGUUCUGAUUAUGUCUCCAUCAAACCAUACAGGUAGUUGAGAAUAAUUACCCCAUUGAGUGGUAAUGUGGUAAUGGUAUAAUUACCAUUACCACAUUGAACACUAAAAUCGAGUGCUGAUGGCCUGAUGCAUUGAAUAUAGUAUGGCUCGCUGGUUGGUGAGCUGCCAACUAGGGACUUGGAUGCCCAGGCACAACUUUUAUCAGGCCUGCUGUUGCACCUGCCAGAUAAACCGUGUCCCUGAAGUGCAUUUUAUUGAUGUGUC